AUGGAUGAAAAAAAGAAAAGCAGGCAUGGCUAACUCACCCACACACAACAAAUGAGGAAAAAAGAAAAUGUUGUCCGCAUGACUCACAUUUAGGUGACUAGAAAGGCAGGAAAAGCAACUCUAUAUAUACCUUCAAGGGGGUCUUUUGUCUUUCACAAGCAAUUCAACUUAUCAUAACAACUUUACCAUUUAUAAUUAUAUAACAUUCUCUUUUAAUUCUUCUUGGAUCUUCAUGUCUGCACAAAGUGACUUUGCCAUUCGAAUUCCUGAAAACAAUGUGUCUGUAGAGGAGGGUUUUGACUACUCCCAAAGGGGACAGUGGCUUCGUGCAGCUGUCCUAGGAGCCAAUGAUGGUUUAGUUUCGGUUGCUUCUUUGAUGAUGGGUGUUGGAGCCGUUAAACAUGAUGUCAAAGCCAUGAUUCUUACAGGUUUUGCUGGGCUUGUUGCAGGUGCGUGUAGCAUGGCAAUUGGAGAAUAUGUGUCUGUGUCCUCUCAGCUUGACAUAGAGGUAUCUCAGGUUAAAAGGGAGAAAAGAAUGGGAGUAAGUAGUGAGGAAACUGAGAAUGAAGAGUUGCCAAACCCAAUGCAGGCGGCAACAGCAUCGGCCCUUGCGUUUAUGUUCGGGGCUAUUGUGCCGUUGCUUGCUGCUUCCUUCAUAGUGGACCAUAAGGUGAGGCUGGGUGUGGUUGUGGCUGCGGUAACAGUUGCACUGGUGGUGUUUGGAUGGAUUGGUGCUUUUCUAGGGGGGACUCCGGUGGUGAAGUCUUGUCUUCGGGUUCUGGUUGGAGGGUGGCUGGCUAUGGCCAUUACAUUUGGGUUGACCAAGUUGAUUGGCUCCAGUGGACUAUGACUUUAGAUGCCAUUGUUGUUUUCUUAUAAUCGAAUUUGUUCCUUUACUUUCGUAUAAUGCUGUUUUGGAACCCUAGUUUUCUCAAGACAAGUAAGUAAUUAAUGAAUAAAGUGGUAAGAUGUCAAAACAAUGUUCCAUAAGUCGGUCAAAAAUCUACUUUGUUAAAUAAAUUAGAUAUAUUUUAUAACAAAAAUAAUAAUAUUUACGAGCAAGGCAUUCAAAA